AUGUUUCUCUUAUUACGUCAAACAUGUCCAUUAGUAUUUCGUCGUUCGUCGAUAAUUCGAAUUACAACAACAUCUGUUUAUAUUCAACAACAACAACAACAGCAGCAGCAGCAAAAAAAUAAUCUUUCAUCAUUUUCUCGUCCGAAAUUUAUUUGGGAUACUAUUCCGAAAUCAAUACAACCAUACAUUCGUUUAAGCCGUAUUGAUAAACCAAUCGGCUCAUGGUUAUUAUUUUUACCAGGUGCAUGGGGUAUUGCAUUUGCCGGUACAACAUUGAGCAACUUUGCAUUACUGGGUUUAUUUGGUAUAGGAACCGUUUUAAUGCGUGGAGCUGGUUGUACAAUAAAUGAUCUGUGGGAUAGAGAAAUUGAUCGACGUGUUGAAAGAACAAAAUCAAGACCUAUCGCUAGUGGUGAAGUUACAACAAGGCAAGGACUAACAUGGGCAGGUGUACAAUUAUCAUUAAGUUUUUUAAUAUUAAUUCAAUUAAAUAUACCAUCCAUUAUGCUUGGAAUUCUCUCACUAGUACCUGUUGUUAUUUAUCCUUUGAUGAAAAGAUUUACUUAUUGGCCACAACUUUUUCUUGGCAUAACAUUUAAUUGGGGUGCACUAAUGGGUUUUACAGCUGCAACAGGAAGUAUUUUUCCAUCUAUUAUUCUACCAUUGUAUUUUGCUGGUAUUGCUUGGACACUUCACUAUGACACAAUCUAUGCACAUCAAGAUAAAACAGAUGAUUUACUUGUUGGUGUAAAAUCAACAGCUUUACGUCUUGGCACUGAUACUAAAUUAUGGUUACGAGCUUUUUCUCUUGGCAUGAUUUCACAUUUAGUUACUACUGGUUUAAGCGUUGAUCAAACAUGGCCGUAUUAUGUUGGCUUGACUGCUGUCAGUUAUCAUCUUCAUAAACAGAUUGAGACAUCGAAUUUUGGAGGUUAUAAUUAUGAAGUUCUCGAGGAAAAUCGAACGUCUGAUUUGACCAAAUCGUAUGGAGCAAUUUUUUUUUGGAGUCAUACAUAUUUUGUUACCAUGAAAAAUACUUUAAUAUUUCAAGCGGCUAUUGCCGUAUGUUUAGUUGUUUUGAAUUUUGCUACAUUAACAAAAAAUUAUGACAUAUCCGAUGGACGCUUAGAAGUUCUUUUUAAACAUUGGCUUGAUCAAACCGACCGUGACUAUGACUCGUUUGCUGAAUAUCAACAACGAAUGAGUAUUUUUAAAGAGAAUUAUAUUCUAAUUCAAAAAUUGAACGAAGUUUAUGGACAUGAUAUGACAUUUGAAUUAAAUAAAUUCGCUGACUUAACAGAAGAUGAAUUUCGAAAUAGCAUCCUAAUGCGCCCUCAAGCACCACCUAUACACUCACCAAAAAGAUAUAUGAAGAUUCGAACCAUUGAAGAUCUACCUGAUUCAUUCGAUUGGCGAGAUCAUAAUGCAGUUACACCAGUCAAAGAUCAAGGAUCUGUGGGUACAUGUUGGGCUUUUUCAACUGUUCAAAAUGUUGAAGGACAAUGGGCUCUGAAAAGUAAACUAUUAACAAAUUUAUCUGUUGAACAAGUUGUCGAUUGUGAUGGCAUGCAAAAAGCUGAUUCAGUACAAGCUGAUUGUGGUGUUUACGGUGGUUGGCCAUUUCUUAGUUUUCAAUAUUUAAUGCAACAAGGUGGCAUUGAAGCAGAAUCAACUUAUCCUUAUUGUGCUGGAUUAAAAAAUUCAUGUGAGCCAUGCAAUGCUCCUGGCUAUAAUAAAACUUUAUGCGGCCCUCCAAUUCCAUUUUGUUAUAUAAAAGAUAGUUGUGAAACUAAACUCGAUUCAACAAAAUUCAUAUCUGGUCUUAAAGUAGUCGAUUGGAAAGCAAUUGAACAAGAUGAAACAAUUAUAGCAACUGCUUUAAUGAAUACUGGACCAUUGUCUGUUGCACUCGAUGCUGAAAUGUUACAAUUCUAUCAUAAAGGAAUUUUUAAUCCAGUUUUUUGUAAUCCUAAAAAUCUUGAUCAUGCUGUACUUCUGGUUGGCUGGGGUAAAGAAGGAUCAAAACCUUAUUGGAUUGUUAAAAAUAGUUGGGGUGCUAAAUGGGGUGAAGAAGGCUAUUUCCGUAUCUUACGUGGUAAAGGUACAUGUGGUAUUAAUACUCAAGUAACAACUGCUGUACUCGCUUAA